AAACAACACACCGAGUGAGUGAGUGAGUGAGUGAGUGAGUGAGUGAGUGAGAAUGGAGUUGAAAGUUUAUGUGCAUCGUCUGUCUCAGCCAGCGCGCGCUGUUCUCCUUUUCUGCAAGAUGGCUGGUAUACAAUUUGAGGAGGUCUUUAUAGACUUAACUAUGAAACAGCAGAAGACCCCUGAAUUUUUAGAGAUUAAUCCUUUGGGGCAAGUACCAGCUAUUUCUCAUGCAGAUUUUAAUCUAUUUGAGAGCCAUGCAAUUCUUAUAUAUCUUGCCUCUGCAUUUCCUGGAAUUGCAGAUCACUGGUAUCCGAGUGAUCUAUUGAAGAGAGCCAAAAUUCAUUCAGUAUUGGAUUGGCAUCACUCGAAUUUGCGCCGAAGUACAGCUGCAUAUGUUAUGAAUAGUGCAUUGGCACCGGUGAUUGGGUUACCGUUGAACCCUCAAGCUGCUGCUAAAUUUGACAAACUUUUGUGCGCAUCAUUGUCAACCAUAGACUCCGUUUGGCUAAGGGAAAGUGGCCCAUUUUUAUUUGGUGCCGAUCUUCCUUCUAUAGCUGAUCUAAGCCUUGUCUGCGAAAUCAUGGAGUUGGAGGUUUUGGAUGAAGAGGACAAGAAUCGAAUACUCGGACCGCACAAAAAAGUUAAGCAGUGGAUUAAGGACACAAAACAAGUAACAUUGCCUCAUUUUGAUGAAGUGCACAACGUCCUCUUUAAAACCAAAGCAAGAUUCCAGAAGCAGAGGUCAAUGAGUGCAGCAACAUUACAAUCCAAGAUGUAAAAAUUAAGUAUAACGGUCGAUUCUACUAAUCAUCCGCUUCAUUCUUUUCAGGUUCUUUUCCAUGGAGGUUCUGCACAUUGCAUAUUUCCUAGAACUGAAACCGCGGUUUUACAUAAUCUGUGAUAUCCGGUUAUAUUUCCUUUAAUAAAAAACAUAAGGAUUAUAUUUA